AUGUUUAGAGGAACAGUAGAUAGAGCAGGUACAAGAGAAGGUAAAAAGACAUCUUUGAGAAAGACAGGUAAAGAUAAAAAGACAAGUUCUGCACCAACUCUUGACGAUGCCAACAAGAAUCGUGACAAUGUAGUCGUUCCACCAUUAAAGGAACGUGAAAAUGCAGCACCAGAUGCAUUCAUUUCAUUUGAUAGUGGUGCCAAUCUUGUCAAUAGACAUCUUGAAGCCGAUCAUUCAAGAGUCAUUCAACGUGCUUUGCAAUCGGGUGUCGAAGGUAUUGCCAUCAUCACCAACGAUUUUGAAAAGACUGAAGUAUCCCUCUCAAUCGCUCAAUCAUUUGAAGGUGUUGUCUACUCUGUAGUAGGUAUUCAUCCAAAUAAUAUAUCUGCUAAAAAGAUGAGUGAUAAAUUAUUUCUUCAAUUGGUUAGUCAAUUACGUAGUUAUGCAUUAAAACCACAAGUAGUUGGACUUUAUGGUGGAUUGGAUUAUGAAAGAGAUUAUGGUUUGAAAUUCCCUCAAGAGAAAUUCCUUAAAUCUCAAUUAACUUUGGCUUCUGAAUUAAAUUUACCAGUAGUAUUACAAGAUUUAGGAGGUGGAGAAGGUUUAUUGGAAGUGAUGAAAGAAUGUAGAUCACAUUUUGAAAGAGGAAUGAUUUAUUGUUUCAAUUCAUCGAGUAGAAUGUUGGAAAAGUAUAUAGAGUUGGACUUUUACAUUAGUUUUAAUGGUUUGGUGUGUGAGGUGUCUGACAAGGGUGACCAAGUCAGAGACUACAUUACAAGAGUGCCAUUGGAUAGAUUGAUCAUUCUCACAGAGUCUCCCAAUCUCACUCCUCAAACCAUCCCCGAUGAACAUAUUAGAAAAAUGCCAAACGAACCUUCCAAUCUUAGAUAUCUUAUGGAAAGUGCUGCUAAAUGUUUGAAUCUAAAGAUUGAAGAAUUGGCUAAAAUCGUUAAAGAUAAUUCAAUGAGAUUUUAUGGUUUAAAUAAACCAACAGUUUCAGAUGAAGUAGUAGAAACUGAAGAAACAAAGGAAACAACAACAACUACUGCAACUACUCCAACAUUGAAAAAGAAAGAAGUAGUUGUAGAAAAAUCAACCUCAAAGAAAUCUGCUCCAACAACGCCAACUACAACUGCACCAAAAAAGAAAGGAGGAAAAAAAGUGAUUAUAGAAAGUGAAUCAAGUGAAGAAGAAUCAGAAGAUGAAGAAGAAUCCGAAGAUGAACAAGAUGAAGAAGAAAAUAAUCAAAUUUUAAAGAGAUUGGAUAAGAGUGAAUUGGACAAUUUAUAUUAUUGUUGUAAACAAUGUAGAACUAGAUUGUUCAAGAUGGGAGAGAUUAUACAACACGAAGAAAAGGUAAAGGUUCUGGAUCACACUAGUAAAAAGGAAAAGUUGCAACAACAACAAGCUAAAAACAAGUCAUUGUCUUGUAAAUCCAUAUUUAUGACGGUUGGUCAAUGGGUAAAGACUGACAAGUUACCAAAUAUCUAUUGUCCACGUUGUGAUGCUAAACUUGGAUCGUUUGACAAUUCAACUGGAGGCGAGCAAUGUUCCUGUGGACACACUGCCAAGGGUCUCAUUCGUAUUCCAAAGAGUCGUAUCGAACUUGCUUUGCUUGGUGAGGACGGUGAACUGAUUGAUCUCUCAUUGUUGAACCUUUCCGACGAGGAGAGUGACGACGAUGGCACCAUCACCAAACCAGGUAAAAAGAAACAAAAAGAAGCAAAAAAGAAUGUAAAGAAGAGCAACAAGAGCAAUUUCUCAAACUAUAGAAACAAAAAUACAACCAUUCAACCAGUUAAAAAACAACAACAAGCACCAUCACAACCAAAAUUCCUUGUAGAUGAUGAUGAAGAUCAAGAAGAUCAAGAACAAGAUGAUCAAAGUGACAACUAA